AUGAGGAAGACGUUAUUGCUGUGUUUUAUCCACGGCUUCAAGGGCGGAGAUGAGACAUUCAGAACGUUUCCAAGCCACGUGAAGGCACUCCUGCAGCAUGCGCUGCCCAAAGUCACUGUCCUUACCAUCACGUACCCCCAGUUCGAGACGCGAGGCGACUUGCACGAAUGCGUCGGCCGCUUCAAGGAAUGGCUACAGAAUAAAGUCAUAGACCUUGAGGUCGCCAAUUCGACCCCCUCGCCUACCGUGGAUCCUUCUGUGCGCACGAUACUUGUAGGCCAUUCUAUGGGUGGCAUCGUUGCGGCUGAGACGCUCCUCUCCAUCCUCGCUGAACAACCGAUACAUUCGCAGUCGAACUCGCAAACUGGCUCAACGGGAUCGCUUGCCGACCAUUCCAUGCUCAUGUUCCCGUACAUACAAGGCAUUCUCGCUUUCGACACACCAUAUCUCGGUAUAGCGCCUGGAGUAGUGGCACAUGGCGCAGAGAAGCAUUGGAAUACAGCGAGCUCGGCCUACUCGGCAUACAACAACCUUGCGGGCGCUUUUGGGUGGGGUGGCAAGGACACCGCAUCUGGUGCUGUCGAUACGAGCAAGAUGCUUCCAGCACCCUCAUCUACUGGCGACGCAGCAUCAGCUCCGUUGUGGCAGCGCUACGGGAAGGUGGCCAUGUUUGCCGGUGCGGCGGGCGCGAUAGCAGCAGGCGGUGCAGCAGCAUACAUGAAGAAAGAACAGAUAACCCAAGGCGUGACUUGGGCCACAUCACAUCUAGAAUUUGUCGGAGUCCUAGCCCGCCCUGAAGAGAUGCGAAAGCGGCUCGAGAAGAUUGCAAAGCUCACCACAAGCCAAGAUCUUGGUUUCUGCAACAUGUACACCACGCUUGGCCACGCCGUCAACAACGAGAACAAGGAACAUGGCUGGACCGGCAAAGUCGCUGGCAAAGACCGCACAUUCUGCAAUCUGCCCAAAGGACCUCUGAAGAACUUCUUCAUGCCUGCCGUGAACGACAAGGCUACAGCGGAAACCUUAGCUCAUACAUCCAUGUUCGAACCUCGCAACAACCCGGGCUAUUACACUCUCAGCGAGACAGCCAAGGAGAAGAUCAUCGAGUGGACAGAGAGCACAGAUUGGUAUGAAGAAAGUGAGGGACCGUUGGUGGGAGAGGUUGGUGACGAAGCAGAGAUCGUAGAGAGACAAGAAGUAGACGAACAGAUGCAGAAGGAAGCCGAUAGGAAAGAGGCGGAAGAAUUGCAGAAGGCGAAGGAGAAGGGUGAUGUUGAUGCUUUGGAGGAGGAGGGCGAGUUUGUAGAUUUGAAGAGGACUGGUGAGGUGGCAGAAGGAGAUGAUGAGGCGAGGAAGAGGAGGGAGUUGUGA